GCGGGAUUUUCCUUCGUUAUCGAUCACUCCGGCAAGCUCUUCAAAGGCAAGAAGUGUACCCUCAAGGACCUCUGGAGGAAUGGCGAAAGAUCUGACAAUCCGGCCCCGGCCGCUGCAGACGACUCUGACGAAGACUCGUCGGACGAGUCUGGGGACGAGACCUUGAGCUCCGCCACAUCGUCUAUUUCCUCCCACGCCAGCCUGUCAAGCAGGGACUCCAUUAUGAGCCGCCUUUGUGCUCAGAUUUCGGACGUUAAGCUGUUCCAGAAGGAUUGCGAGAAAGCAUCGGAAGUGUCUGAGUCAUCCUCGAAGAAGGGGUUCAAGUUCAGUCCCGGGAAAACAACGGGGUACAAGUUCCAAGGGGCUUGCCCCAAGGUUGUUCCGAGCUAUGUUUUGGAUCGCCUGCCUACGACCCUGGCACCUGCACCAGUCCCGCUCAUCGCCGAGCAGUACCAGAAGGCACUCAAAGCUGCCGGGGCUCAAGGUGAGGAUGGGGAUGAUUCUGAUGCCGUUGCGACUGAUGAUGAGGGUAAGCCCAAGGACGCCCCCCCGAAGAAGCCAGCUGGAUAUCGUUUCAAAGUGGAGCCCUUGAAAAAGGACAAAGCUUCGAAGCCUAAAGCUACAGGGAGCAAGAAUCAGAAGCCCUCAAAGGCUCAGGCCAAGGGUCCCAAAGAUGCUCAGCAUGCCUAUGGAGAAUACUUGCCCAAAGACUUCGAGAAGCGUGCUAAGCAGUACAGGGAGAACGCCAAGGCCGAGGGACACGCUCCUAAGAAGGCUUUACGGAUGUGGAUCGAGAGCAAGGAAAGAGCAUCGCUUCUUGCCGACCUCCCACUCAUGGAGCUGAAGAGGACCGAGAGUUCCUGGAGCUCUUCGCCGGGCAAGGCGCACCUUCGCGGAGCUUCCGUGGACAUCCUGAACGAUCCGACCACCAUGGACCUGCUUUCGCUCCGCUGGGUCAUUGAGCAACCGGAUGGUAGUUUUCUUCCGGAGAUGCCCCGGUUCCAAAAAUUAUUCGGCACCUUUGAGGAUCUGAUAGAUGUGAUCACAGAGAAGGCAGGCUUUAUGUCCAGGCAGCAGAUGAGCGAGUUUACAUGCAAAACAGUUGUGCGUCAUGUGGAUGCAAAUGGUGUCAAGCGCCAUACCGGCAAGCCCAAAGAGCUCCAGAAAUCCCAGCCGCUUGAUUCCAAAUAUGCU